AUGCGCCCUCUUAGUUUGUGCAAUCAGAACCAAAAGACUCUUGCCUCUCUCCAAGCUAAAGACUUCGAUGGAGCUGUCCAAUCGGCCUCAUGUGCAUUGAGAGAUCUCAAACGUGAUAUUGGGUCUUUCGAUGGGAUCCCCCCUGCUGAUGAGAUUGCUGGUGAUGCUUUGGAUCAAUGUAUGCACCUGAAUAAGGUUGGCUGCAGCAUCAGCACUGAUGCUACAUCACCUUUUAUAUACGAUCGCGGGAUUAUACUCCCUUCAACGAUGGAGGAUGGAGCAAUAAUGACGACCGUUUUAGUUUUCAACGCAGCACUUGCAAACCACUUGCUUGCUAUUAGCGAGAAUAACGAUCGAUCUCUCAAGUAUCUACACAGAGCAAGGCAACUGUACCAGUUGGCUCAUGAGGGACAAGAUAUUGAUCAGAACUUUUUGUUUCAUUUUGCAGUCAUCAACAAUCUUGCUCUCAUCGAUCAGAGCCUCGGCGACGCGGAGUCUUCCCAGAAGAGCUUUGAGUAUUUGAUAUCAGUUAUUAUGAUUCUCAUUACACAAGAACAAAGCGCCAUCGUGUCCCAAUUGAGCGGUUUCCUUGUGAAUAUGCCGUUUUCAAUCAAAGCUACAGCAGCAGCAGCAGCAUGA